AUGUCAGCACUGCGGAUUGCGACGCAGUGGCCCGACGCCAAGGUCGCCCUGGUGUCGGACAGGUGGGGGGAGGACACUACCUCAUACCAUAGCGGGGGGUUCUGGGAGCCCUACACGCUGGCCGACACGCCGGACGACCUCGUGAACAGGUGGGCGGGCGACGCGUACAAGCACCUCGAGCACCUCGCGUACGCGGAGGACGCGGCGCGGACGGGGGUCUUCGCGAUCGGCGUGCGGCAGCUGUGGUCCGCGCCGGGCCGCGACACCCCCCCCCCCACGUGGUGCAACAUCCCCCCGGACUUCCGCGUGCUGUCGGCGGACGAGGCGCGGCGGCUGCGGCCGGAGCGCGGCCCGAGCCCGCCCGGCACGCGCGCUCCGCCGAUCGCCGGCGCGUACACCUUCUCGAGCUACGUCGCGGACAUGUCGCGGCUGAUGCCAUUUUUGGAGCGCACAUGCGAGGCGGCGGGGGUCUCGCUGCACCGCGGCGUCGCGGUGCGGGACUGCGAUGAUAUGCAGCGCGUGGCGCUGGAGUGCGUCGGCGAGGGCGGCCGCGGCGACGACGUGGUGGUCGUGAACUGCGCCGGCAUCAGGGGGGGGAGUCUCGCGGGCAACGGAGGCGAUCGGACGGUGUAUCCGGUGCGCGGACAGGUUGUGCGAGUACAGGCCCCGCAGGUCAAGCACGUCUGGUUCCACGACGAGGAGACGUAUAUCAUACCGCAGGUCGACUCGGUCGUGCUCGGGGGCUCGCGUCAGGUCGGGGACUGGGAGGAGGGCAACCGCGAGGAGGACGUUCGCGCCAUCCGCGAAAAGUGCGAGGCGUUGCUGCCGGUGCUGCGCGGAGCUCCGGAGGUCCGUGCGUGGGCGGGCCUGCGUCCGGCGCGGCCGAGCGUCCGGGUGGAGCGCGAGGUGAUCGAGACGGAUCGCGGAGCGCUGCGCGUGGUGCACAACUACGGGCACGGCGGCGCAGGGGUAACGCUGGCGUGGGGGUGCGCGGGGGACGUAAUGCGGCACAUCUCGGCACUGCUCGCGCCGUAG